AUGUUCUCGGCCGCCGCCAUGCCCAUCCGCUGCGCCGCGGCAGUGGCCGCCGUCCGUCCCCGCGCCGCCGUCAGCGUGCGCCCGUACCUCUCGGUCCCGGCCUCCUACAGCACCAGCGUAACACGCCCAUCCCAACUCCUCAAGCUCUCCGCCGCCGCCUCCGCCCGCUACUCAGCUUCCGCCGCCACGCGCUGCCCCUCUGCCAUCACCGCCCGCCUCGUCUCCUCGAGCAGCUCCACACGUGCCGCCACCACGACUGCCAAUUCCUCCUCUGCCUCGGCCCAUGCCUCGGCGGCCAAUGCCGCCGAUACCUUGACCUGGAACCGCUUCCUUGCGCUCCGGAAGACGCGCCGCCGGCUGUCGUUGGUCUGCAGCGUCGCAGCCGCUAUAGCAUCGACGGCCGUCGGCAUCAACAUUCUGCUCGCGAGCGACAUCGACUCUCUCGGCGCGCAGACGUUCGGUCUUGAUCCAAUCAUCGUGACGGGCAUGGGAACCGUGGCUUGCGGCUGCAUAGGAUGGUUGCUGGGGCCGGCCAUCGGUGACGGUCUGUUUAGGAUUGCGUACCGGCGGAUCGGGAAGCAGAUCGUUGAGAAGGAGAAGCAAUUUUUCCAACGCAUAAAGAAGUUCCGCGUCGACCCCACCCAAUCCAGCCUGAACAACCCCGUUCCUGACUUUUACGGCGAGAAGAUCGGCUCGGUUGCUGACUACCGCCGUUGGUUGAAGGACCAGCGCGCCUUCAACCUAAAGACGUCGGGCAAGCCGCGUGGCGGUGCAGGUGCCGUGGCGUUGGGGAAGAGGGCCAGGAGGGUGUCGACGGUUGCUGGGGGUCGUUGA